GGCUCGCAAAGUCGGUAAUUUUUUAAAGAAGUUUAAAGUGAAAAAGAUUCUGACUAUUCAAAACAGCCCCGGAUAUCUAAAAUUUCUCCAGCAGGAAGAAUAGAACGUUUCUCCACAUCGAUCUCCUACGUGCAAUUUUUUAUCCACAGAUUUCCCUACAACCAUGACGAACAUCGAUAUUGUUCAACCGCUGUGGGAUUUGAGUACUUUCUCCGGUCGUUUGAAGCACUACUUCUGGAUAACGGACCCGCGCACAUGCUUUGCCACCGAUGAAGAACUGGAUCGUGCAAAGGAUCUUUACUUGAGCGUCAAAGCUGGAACUAUACCUCAAAAUGCGACCAUUGAUCAGAUUCAUUAUGCGAAAAAGUUAUACGAAAGUGCAUUCCAUCCGGACAGUGGAGAGAAGCAAAAUGUGUUUGGACGCAUGAGUUUCCAGAUGCCAGGCGGAAUGGCCAUAACGGGCGCUAUGCUACAGUGGUACCAAACUACAACGGGUGUCGUAUUCUGGCAGUGGGUCAACCAAUCGUUCAAUGCACUAGUGAACUACACGAACCGUAAUGCCAACUCGUCCCUUUCCACCACUCAGCUAGGGGUGGCUUACGUGUCAGCGACAACCUCCGCGCUGGUAGCCGCGGUUGGAUACAAGGCGUACCUGGCCAAACGAGCCUCUCCCCUGUUUCAACGUUACGUACCCUUCGUGGCAGUUGCGGCCGCCAAUUGCAUCAACAUACCUCUGAUGCGACAAAACGAACUCAUUCACGGUAUCAGCAUUGAAGACGAGGAAGGAAAUGUGGUUGGAUCAAGCAGGUUGGCCGCCGGCAAAGGAAUUGCGCAAGUUGUAUUUUCACGAAUUGCUAUGUGUGCACCGGGAAUGUUGAUUUUACCGAUAAUAAUGGAACGUUUGGACAAGUAUCAAUCGUUUAGACGGUUGGCGAUUUUACACGCACCAUUCCAGGUCUUGGUUGUUGGUUGUUUCCUGACCGUUAUGGUUCCUACAGCUUGUGCUCUGUUCCCGCAAAAAGCUGAACUAAGCACGAGCAUGAUAAAGCUGGUGGAACCGGACUUCUACGAGGAUAUUCGCAAAAAGACCGAUCGCAUACCAGAGCUUGUGUACUUCAACAAGGGAUUGUAAAGCAGUUUUGCUGAAUAAAAAGGGUACUUACGAAAGCGACUACACUAGCCACAGUAAAACAAGAAGACUUGUUAUAGGCUUACUUCUCACGCUGAAAAAAUGUAUUUCAAGUAAUAAAUUUCAU